CUUCAGCUCACUGGACACUCAUUCAUACUCAUUUUCCACUCUAACUUGGCAAAAGGCGGCGGUCUACAUACUCUGGGAGAGCGGCACAUAUUUCUCUCUUGCUCAAAAGAGCAUAAUACACAUUACAUUCUGUACUACUUUCAUGAAGUGGCCCACGUACUGGCCGAAGGUCGCUCUUUCUCUCCUUAUUAUCGGCCUCGAGAGUCACAGGUGGACCCAUGACUAUGCGUUUGCGUUUGUGGAAGGCACAGGCUGGACAUCAGCCAGGAAAACAGACGUAAGAAACCAGGUCCGUGCACUGUGGUACCAUGGGUUCGAGAGCUACAUGCAGUAUGCAUUUCCACUUGACGAGCUGGCACCACUUACGUGUUCAGGCAGGGGACCUGACUGGGAAAAUUCAGCGAACAUAGCCCAGAACGAUGUCGCCGGCAACUUCUCUGUAACUCUGAUCGAUGCCCUGGACACUUUCGUCGUUCUGAACGAUCCUCCAGGAUUCGAAGCCGCUGUGCGAAAUGUGAUUAACCACGUCUCUUUUGACGUGGACACCAGGCCGCAGGUGUUCGAAACGACUAUUCGCGUACUUGGUGGACUACUUUCCGCACAUUUAUUUGCGAACCAAACUGGGCAGCCAUUUCAUUUGCCUUGGUAUCAUAAUGAACUCCUUGCCAUGGCGUAUGAUCUCGGCGAGAGGUUGUUACCUGCGUUCCAGUCACCAACCGGUAUACCAUACGCGAGGAUCAACCUCAGGCAUGGCAUGUUAAGGGGUGAAACAAUAGACACAUGCACCGCCGGCGCAGGAUCGCUAAUUCUCGAAUUCGGCACAUUGAGUCGACUAACCGGAGAUCCACGCUUUGAGGAAGCAGCCUACAAGGCAUUCUUUGCUUUGUGGAACCGUAAAUCAGACAUUGGUCUUGUGGGAAACACCAUCAAUACAUGGACUGGGGCGUGGCAAUACCCAGAAACGAGCAGCAUUGGAGCAGGAAUCGACUCAUUUUUUGAGUAUGCGUUGAAGUGGUACAUCAUGAGCGGAGAAGUCGAGUUUUUAGAUGUUUGGCAAGAUGCAUAUGCCGCUGUAAUGCGCUAUGCGAGGGCUCCCGACGGUUUCUGGUAUCGCAGCGUGAAUAUGCACACAGGUGAUCUUGCUUACUACACGUUCGACUCGCUGUCUGCCUUCUGGCCUGGCCUCCAAGUCCUUGCGGGAGAUGUAGAGAAUGCAAUCAAGUCGCACCUGACAUAUUGGAAUAUCUGGCGAGGCAUGUCAGGGCUGCCUGAGAUCUGGGAUAUGAAUUUUCGCAAGCCCAGUUCCAGACAAUAUCCUUUGCGACCAGAAUUUGUUGAGUCUACCUGGUAUCUAUAUCGCGCCACUCGUGACCCGUUCUAUCUUGACGUUGGAGGCCGGAUCCUGUAUGACAUCACAACGCGGGCUAAGGUCAAGUGUGGCCUUGCUUCAAUCAAGGAUCUGCGCUCAAACGCACAAGAUGACCGUAUGGAGUCGUUCGUGCUCUCCGAGACGCUGAAGUAUCUGUACCUGCUAUUCGACGAGAACAACCCUAUCCACAGAGAUGACUCCAAUUACGUCUUCACGACGGAAGGCCACAUCUUGUGGCUGGAAUCCGAGCUGCUCAAGCCCUUGUCGCCCGUGCGCAGAAAACUACGUAGCGCCGAGCACCACCAGUGUUCUGCAUAUGAGCCGCCGCUGGUAGCCUAUGACGACUGGAAAGGGGAGACGGGCCUCACAGGCGGGAUUCGCGCGCGAACCGACGUCGAAUAUGUACGAGAGCUCAUAGGCGUGCGGCCAUCUGACCAAGAUAUGAAGCGAUGGUCUCCAAACGGCUGGUGUGAAGUGCCGGCGGUGACGCUAUUCUCAUACGACUUCAUUUUGUCUCCUGGAGGUCAGAUUGUUCCGGAGGAUCCACACCCUGCGACGAACAAGUUGAGCACCGCCCCGGAUGGGUACAUCCUGCAUAAUGUCAGUGGAAUAAGAGCUCAUGUUGUCAGUCGACUCGAUGGGAAGGGUUACGACGUGACGAAGCUUGGUCCAUAUGCAGUCAAGACAGGACAAACCGUCUAUGUCAGCGACCCCGAACUGAAGCUCACACCUUUAAAUGCCAAAGGAGCCCUCGAUCAUGAAGGAAGCUCACGCAUCCCGGAGGUCGAUCUACGCUUCUACGUGGAGUAUGUUGAUGCGUUGCUGUUCGUGCAGGCAGUAGCGAACGAGAUGACCACCGACGUGACCGUUACGGCGUCGACAGCCCUGUUCGGUGGUGACCCUACAGCCUCUGCUCCACCAUCAGGGGAACCAACGUUGACGUUCGGUCACGGGGCAGGUGUGAGGCUCGUACGAGAGUCGGAGAACCCUUACGGGUGUCUACCCUACACCCGGACAUUCGACGAUGAAGCUGUCCUGGUAGACCGUGGAGAAUGUACCUUCCUGGAGAAACUCGUCUCGGCACGGCUUGCAGGUGCCUCAGGCGUGGUUGUCCUCAGUGAUGAAGACACGAGCAUCAAUCCGUCUGCGGACGCGGCGGACCUUGAGGCUGUGGACGACUUGGUUCAUGACGCCGUCAUUGUCGUUCUGAGGCGAUCGGUUGGGAAUGUCGUAUCCGCGCUGUUUGAUGCUGCCGAGGAGUUCGGGCUAGGACAGGUCAUGGUUGCCGUAGAGCCUCAAGCCCAACCGACUACGGACCAUAUAGGAGAUUUGAACGACUCCAAGGACAUUAGUCGUGUGCUGUACCUAAACGGAUACCCCCUCAUGAAUACGAGGCUAGUCGUCUGAGACCACCAUGUAAAAACGAUAGGAUAUACUUACAUGUUGUUAGAGGGAUCACAUUAGCUAUAAAGCAUAAUCAAUCCGCCUUCACUAGGGAAUACACUGGUGAAUCGAGUUGCU